AAAAAUAAUACCGACAAGCCUAAAAGAAUGCGUAAUUACGCGAGAGAGGAUCGCGCGGAUGCUGCGGACUCCUCGGCUGGACCACCGAUCGAAAAAUCCAUCGCCGACGAGGAAGCGGAAUCAACGCGACUGCGGAAUCAACGCGAGGCGCAGAUGAGUCUUGAGGAUCAAGUCGAGACAAGCAAGCUUGUUCUCCAGCUUGUGACUGACUCGCGGUUCAAUAUGACGCAGAUAAACGGACAGCGGAAGCUCGGCGGCCCGCCUCCAGGAUGGAAGGGCCCGCCGCCUGGACCAGGAUGCGAAGUCUUCGUCGGUAAGAUACCGAGGACCCUCUACGAGCACGAGAUUUAUCCGAUAUUUCGUCGGAUGGGGGAGGUCUACGAGAUACGGCUGAUGAUGGACUUCUCAGGGACGAACAGGGGCUACUGCUUCGUGAUGUUCGGGAAGCCCGAGUUCGCCCAGAAGGCCAUCCGGGAACUGGACAAUUUCGAGAUUCGUCCUGGACGCAGGAUCGGCGUCGUUGCCAGCAUCAAUAAUUGCCGGCUUUACGUUGGUCAGCUGCCACCCGACGUGUCUUCGGACUACGUGAUUAAGAAAAUUUACGACAUCACUGACGAUGUCGGCCAGGUCUCAGUCUACAGAAACGCCGAGGAUCAGGCGAGGUACGCACUUAUUUCGUACAAAACGCACCGCGGUGCAGCCAUGGCACGAAGAAGACUCGUACCUGAGAGGGCGUCGCUCUUUAGCGGUGCCGAGGUCAGCAUAGACUGGGCACAUCCUGGAAUGUACCCUUCGAACGUGAUCGAGGAAACCGGAACCGUCGACGAUGAUGGGAACUUCGAAACAUCGAGGAUAUUCAUUGGCAAUGAAACGAAACGCUAUCAGAACCGGCGACGAGCUCGAGACGAAUUCCUGGACCACAGCAUCCGCGCUUAUCUGCAGUCGGAUCGUGCGCCGCGCGGUAGGCAAUCAGCGUCUCAUCAAAGGCAGGCGGAUUGCGCGAUCGGCGCCAUCAGGAGUUACCUCAAUUCUGCAGCUGGCGAGGCGAAUAAAAUAAUUUGCGGCAGCCUUGAAUCGAUUCCGCAGCAAAGAUUUCGACAAGCUUAUGUUGAAAUGGCGGAAAUUGCUGCGAAGGCACCCAGAUCGAAUUCCUCUUUCGAGCUCAACGGCGGCUCUUCUUCUUCCGAAUCUUCCGCUUGCUCUAGCCAAGGCGCUGACGGAGCGAAUUCCGAACUUGGAACGGUCAGCACAGCGUUGAACAAUUUUUUAAACUUUGACCGGCUGUCAAUCGGAGAAGACGAAAAUCGUAACGUCGCUGCGGGGGACGUAAAUCUCUUUGCCAAUAUGCAGGAAGGUUACGAGUCUUUGAACUUGUUCGAGAAUUACACUUUUGCUGGACAUUCUCACAACAAUGUUGAUGACGGGGUUAAUCGCAGUUUGGAUAAUAACUUCGCUGAUAAUUGUUUUGAUGAAUUUAAUCCGCAGCAGGGUCAAAUCCAUGGUGGUAUUCACUUUGAGCUCGAUAAUAAUUUCGGUGCGAAAAAUCGGAAAAUGGGACACGAAGGCGAACAGAAAUCGCGGCUGCAUCGGGGCAAAAAGAAUUUUGCAUUUCAGCAGAGCGAGGCCAUCGACUAUACAGGCUCUAAUCUGCUCGAUGGUAACGUUCAAAGACCAAUUGAUUUCGGUGGGGAAAAUUUUUCACGGACGAUUGGUACACCCCUCAGUGAUAAUCGCGGUGAUGGCUUUUCUAAUCUGCUGCAGAAGCAGUUCAGCGAAAAAAAUUCAGGAUUAACAAAGCCCGCAGGUAAAGCUGCGACAAUUUCGCGAUUGAAUUUAAAUUCGAAUGUCUGUAGGCAGAGCGAUUGGCAGACUACCGCUGUGAACAAUUUUAAUUUUGCGAACUUUGCGCCGCCUCCAAACCGCGAAAAUGGGCGUUCGAUUCUCUCGCAGAAUCGCAAUAUUGGCAUCAACUCGCUGGUGUUAAAUAAAAAUAACAAGAACUCGGCCGCAGGGCGAUGCAAUAAUAAUCAGCGCGCAGAGAAUUUUCAUCAGCGUGGAAAAAUCGCGGCUGUUUCUCAAAAACAUGGAUAUCAAAUCAACGGGAAUUCCAUGAACUUGAAUAACAAUCCGCACGCCAGGAGAGCUUGGAUUUCCGCACAGCUUGCGUAUAAUAACGCCUGCGACUUCAAUCCGGACUAUUUCAAUACGAAUUCGUGCGGACUCGCUUCCACCGGCAAUUCACUCGCGGUUUACUUGGGCCCGCAAUUUUUGCCCAAUCAAUCGCAGCCCCUCUUCAUACCGACCAACGACCGCCAGAAUAACUUGCGAAAUUUUUUUCACGAGGGAGAAAAAACCCUCGCAAAUAUCGCCCAAGCCGCCAGCUGCCGCAUCGCGCCCGCUCAAUUCCAGAACAAAAAAGUCUCAAAUUUUGAAACCCCGCCUAAGGGAGGCAGGCCGAUUUUGAGCAGAGCUUACGCGAGUCUGCCUCAGAUGCAAUGAUUAUUGUUUU